GGUUAAUUGACUUUGAUGAGACGAGUAGUUUAUACAAUAUAAUACAAAACUUUGUUAAGUCCAAUCUUUAAGCUUACGAGACUGAUGUUCGGGUGUGGGUAAAAUUGGACAUAGGUAAGCGUUUAAUAGAAAAUUGCAAUCUUUUUGAUUUAGUUGUCUGACAGAAACGAUAUGAAGUUAUGACUUUAGUACCUUUAUUCUAUUUCUCUCACAUUGGCGAAUUAAAAGCGCCGCACUUUAUUAAUACCGAUACAUAUACGAUAACGCUGAGGUCUUGAACUCACGUAGUUACGUAGAUAAGUUUAUAUAUAGGUUUCUCCAGCGUUUCACAUCACACUGUAGACCAGACAGCAAACGGUGAUAGACGUAAAGAUGAAACUAAUAAUAACAUUAGCGUUGCUGGCUGUAAGCCACGCUCAUAUUAUUAAGCCAGUAUGUGACCUGCUCUCCAUCCAAAAUAUUAUCUAUCAGAAGGAGGUCCUGAAAGAAAACGUAAAUGACCCUUACCAGAUGGCCAUCGACUAUAACACUAAUACGCUCUUCUUCAGUUAUUCAGCAGCUAGUCCAAUGACUGAAGUAGAUGUUUUUGAGCAAGCGUAUUUAAACCUGAAGACUAACGAAUUUCACAUAAUUUCUGGGAUCAUUGGCGGAUUUGCCGCUACUGUCGACAAUAUUAACCACAAAGUAUACCUCGGUGGAAGAAAAGGCAUCUACGCGUAUGAUUACGAGGCAGACAAAGCAACCCAUGUCAAUCCCAACGGAUACAGCAUUUGGCAAUUGUUUUUCAAGGAUAAGCUCUACUACACCGCCUACCCACAAGAAAGAGUGUACACUUUUGAAGAUGGUAACUCAAUUAUAGUACCUGAACUGAGUCAUACAAUGGUACAACUGGUAGCUCUUGAUAAUGAUCACAAUAUGUAUUUCUCCAACUCAUCUGGUCUAUUUCGUUUGAAUGAAUCUGAUAAGUUAAUUGUUGAACUAGGUGAUUAUAACAUUAAUAGCUUUACGGCAGACAUAAAUGGUAAUCUGUACUUCUCGACGCCUUCUGGUUUUUAUAAUAUUGAUAAUAACAUGAAUGUACAUCAACUAGCAGAUGUUGAUGACGUUUUCGGAUUGGUUGUCGAUGGAGAUAAUAACUUCAUUUACGGGUCAGGAGAUAAAAUUAUCAGAUUGACUCCGACCACUAAAAAAAAUUGUUUUUAAAGUGACUGAAUAUUAAGAAGAACAGUUUUUGCUAUUGUCAGUUAGUUACACUAAAAAAAUCGGAAAGUAUUAUUACUUGUACGAAUAUUAUCAUUUUUAGUUAGUAGCGCGUUCGGUCCAAUAUAUACCUAGUGCAAGUGACGCAUUAUCAAAAUGAUAUCACAUUGACAUUAAUUUGUUAGUCUAAAUCAGGUCCUAAGAUUUUACCCCGUCUUUAUGACAUAUCAUUGUCAUAGCGAUGAACGUUUUAUCACGGACUAAAUAAUAAUAUUAUGUUUAUAUUACGUUUUAACCAACAGUUAUGCAAUGCAGUCCCGACAGUAGUUCCUUGAACUUAAUUUUCUUUGUCACGAAAUGGUAAAGACUAAUUUCGUUUGUACAUACCUAAUAGAAACUAACAUAGGGUUUAAGUAAAACAUACAUGUAAAACAUUAUAGUAAAUGUCCCUAUAAUGGACGUGGCACCAAUACAUGUAAAACAUUAUAGUAAACGUCCCUAUAAUGGACGUGGCACCAAUAAUGAGACGUAAACCACAGAUCCUGUAAAAUUCUAAAUUUAAAAUGAACAUCAGUUUUUAAACACUGAAAAUAUUUUAUUUUACUAUAAGUAAGGAAGAGUCAUAGUGCCGCUUAAGUUUGACGUUUCAUUGAUUUCUGCCUGUUUUACAAGAUUUUUUUUAAAUAGGUACUGUCAAUUGCUAAAGACCAAGAAUAGAAUAAUUAAAUAAUAGUUUAGUUUGUUAAUUACGUUUAAACCAAGUGCAAUAACUUUCAUUAAACUUGAAUUCAACUUUUAACGUGCAAAGCGGUUGAAAUUUUACAUGAAUCAGUGAAAAAUCUUGAAUGUUUCAUGAUUAGCGUCGUAAACUUAUGUAUUUAGUGUUCAACUUAAUAAACCAAUAAAUAAUUAUAUCGACAAA